UCUACCACAGCGGGCGCUACCUUCAGUUCGCCAUGCGCACUUCUUCGGCUCGUACACGAUGAUACUGAGAUUGAUUUCCGGGUCAGAGGCAAAAGGACGAAGGAGCAGAAGAGGAGGAAGCAGACAUUAAAGAAAUGUGGAAAGUCUUAUGUUUGUAGCUCUUUGCCUGUCGAUGUUAACGUGGGUGCUGUGAUUACUUCACUGCUCGAGCAGACAGUGUAACUGCAUCUGCUGACAGAAAGGUUGAAAUGGCAGGCAGCAGGUUGGAAAGGUUUGGAACUGUGUUCACCAGGGUUCGAGAUCUGAUGCGCUCAGGAGUGAUUAAGCCACAUGAAAAACCCAUCUGGUUUGAUGUAUACAUGGCCUUUCCACCCAAGCGGGACCCACUUUAUGUUCGGAAAAGCACCAGACCUGUUGCCAAAAAGCAGGAGACUGUGCCUGAAAUCUUCUACAGAGAGGACGAAGUCAGAGCGAAAUUCUAUGAGCAGUAUGGGACGGGUUCUCGAGCUCUUGAUCUCUCCAAAGCAAACUUUGUGUCUACAUGUCAGAGGUUUGUCAUCAAGUACGCAGAGUUACAGAGUAACAGUGAACUGGACGACUCUGCUCUGUUUGAGGAGACUGGGAAGGCUUUACUCAAAGAGGGCAUCAUCCUGAGAAGGAGAGGACAUCUUCCUGUGGAAGAAUCCAGGGAUCCCGUGUUGGAGCUGAAACUAACAGACAUGUUGGCUGACCAGCAUUCAGCUGAUGCUCAGACAUAAGAACAGAACCCUCCAGCUACAUCACUGAACUAAGCAGCUUGUGGACUCUACACCCCAUUCACUGUAACUUGCUCCUCAAAGCUGCUGCUCAUGUUUGCUCAUCCUCUGUGUCUGUUGGUCACA